CCGCACUGCUCCAACAAAAAAAAUUCUUAUUUACUUAACUAUGCUUCCUGAGGAAGAACGCAAUUAUGGAAUGGAAGUUGUAUGUCUAUCGAAUGCUCGUGUCCAAGAUUUGAUUGGAUUGAUUUGUUGGAUGUAUACAAAUGAAGGGAAAGAACCAAAGUUGCAUCCAUCUGUAUCUAAUUAUUGUUUAAAAAUUGCCGAAGAAACAGGUGAAGUUGAUGAAGAUUUUCCUAGUCUUGAUAGCAAUGAACUUGUUGGAAAAUUUGGUUUCCCAUUUUUAGCAUUAAUGGAAAGGAAAAACCAAAAUACUUCCUUGCAAGUAACAAUGUAUAUUGAAGAUGAAAUGGCAAAGUUUGAUGUACCUAGCUUAGAUUUAACUCUAAGAGAAGUUGCUGAUUUGGCAAGUCAUAGAGUUUCUUUCAAUUAUUCAUUGAGAAAAUCUAAAGCUUACCAUAUUGAGAAGCCAGAUGAGGCAGGCAUUGCUAUUCCUCUUGAUAGUAAAUUAUCAAAUUUUAAAUCAUUGGUUUUUCAUCUUAUAUUUGAAGACAAUGCCCGAGACCGUUUGCAAAGGGAUAUAGGAACAGAAGAAUAUGACUCUCAUAUGAAAGCUGUGGAAGCUCCUUUAUACCGGUCAUUUAAUGUGUCUUUUUGCCAAAAGAUGGGAAUAAAUUAUGAUGUUCAGUUAGGAAUUUCUGGUGAAAAAGUUGAAAUUAACCCUAUACCUCAGAAAGGUGCUGUUAAAUUACUUAGCAGGCAGCAAAAGCCUGCUACUCAUUACAUGGAUACAAUUGCUGCAUGUGAAAUUGUAUCCAAAAAAUAUAGUCCAGGAAAAUGUAUUUUCAAAUUAAUAGUACAUCAGGAUGGAUCAGAAUUCAAGAAAUAUGUCUUUGAAACAGAUCCCCAAACUGCUCAAGACAUCGUGAAGAAAGUUCAGAUAAUAUUAGAAAUGCAUUCCAACAAUGCUUGUAAAGAGUACCAAUUGUAUAGGGAGAAAAAACUGCAAAAGAAACUACAAAAAUCUCAGCAGAGUUUUACUAAAUCAUAAUUUGUGUUCAUGGUGUUUUUGUUAUUUAAGAAAUUGUAUUUUUUUCAACUAAAAUAGCUCAUGUUCUUUUUAAAUCAUAGCUCUUCAUCAGUUUGUUAUUGUGUGAGGUUGUACUUUUUUAUAAAUGAGAAUAUUAUGUUUCAACAAAAUCAUGUGUGUGUAUUUAUCUAAUAAUUGGGUAUUUUUUUUCGUGGUAAAUUUAUGAUUGAUGUUUAGGUAAUUAACUUACUCAUUUUCUUCAAUAUAGAUGUUAUAAUUAUUGUAGAUUGUAUUUUGAUUUCCAUAAUAUUAAUUUUAUUAUGUAAUGUAUUACCAAUUUGUUUCUUCUUUAAUUUUUCACUUUGUGUGAAAGAAUGUUUUCAAGUUAAAUGAAUGUUAAUCUGAGCUAUUGUUCAAGUUCGUUACAAUAUUUAUGUGCUCUGGAUUAAUUCUGCAUAUAAAUAUUGCAGUAAUUUCUCUUUUGACUUAUGCAAUCAUUAAUAUGAAUGCCAAAUGUAAUCAUUAAUAAGAAAUUCAGCAUUUUGUUUAAAAACCCAUAAGUGGCGUUAAGUGCAAAAUUUAAUUUAUAUUGGUAAGGAGUGAUAAUGAGUGAUGUGUAAGAAUGGAUUUCUGUAAGUAUAAAACUGUUUUUAGUGGUACUUAAAACAUAAGAAUGCUUGAGUGGAUUCUAUGUCUACAUUGAUGUUAAAGGUGAUCUUGCAGACUGCAUAUCUAAAAUCAUCAAUUAAUUUAUACAAAGUAAUUGUUUUAGUCAUGCAUUAAUAUCAUACUGAUUGUUAAUUUUCUGAAGAUAAAGAUAAAUUUACUUCAUAAAUGGUACCAGAAAAGAAAUAAUGAUUUUUACUAAUGUUUUUCUAAGCAUCUAGUGAAAAUGGAAAGCCUUAUUUUCAUUCAUAAAAUCAGAUAUUAAACAAUAAUUACACUUUAUGCUAUGAAACUUUCAUGCUAAUGCUUUCUUUUAAUAAAUGUAAACUUCUUACCUGAAGCUUUUAUUUUUUAAUGAACCAAGCACAGCUGAAACUGGCUUUUAAAAAUUAAGCAUGUGAUGGUAAAACCAACAAAAAUGGAAAUAUAAAGCUUUAAUUAACACCAAAUUGCAUUUGAAGGCAGCGAAUGUGUUUAUGCAUGAAAGAAAAAAAAAUUACAUACAAAGAUGAAGACAAUAUUUAAUUUUCGAAAAUUAUACAAUGAUGUCACAUUUGAGUCAUUAACAUACUAAUGUUGAAAGCUAAAAUUAAGAAACAAAACGUACAUCAAUAAGGUAUGUCACCACCCAAGACCUUCACACAAGCUUUACAGUGACAGCCUAUGCUUUCGGUGAUGUGAUCAACAAGAUGCUAAGUGAACACAGGUCAUUCCUCCAUUAAGAUAGUUUCAACCCUAUAAGACUGAAUGAAGGAGAUAUUCCUCCAUUAAGACAGUUUUAACCCUAUAAUACUGGAUGAAGGAGGUAAAUGGACAGAGACAGCUGCCUAUGGGCAUCCUAAACAUUUUCAGUGGGAUUAAGUUUGGGGGAGAACAGUGGCCACUCCAUAUGAGAAAUUUCGUCAUUCUCCAGAUACUCCUAAAUGAUGUUGGCUCCAUGAGGAUGGGCAUUAUUAUCCAUAAGAAGAAAAUCAGGACUAAUUACUGUAGUGUAGUCUCACAAUAGGAUGUAUGACCUUCAUCGUGAUACUGCAUAGCUCUCACAGAACCAUCUGUAAAGUCGUGCAAUUGGACGCGAUAUCCCAUAGGAAAUUCUGUACCACACCAUGAUGUGCCACUUCUGAAUGUGUUGUUUUCAGUAAUGUUCUUGUUCUGAUUCUGUUUGCCUUCUUUUUCUUCAGACCCUUACAAGCUUAAUGUCUUAUUCCAGGGAAAAUCUGGGCUCAUCUAUGAACUGGAUAUUUUGCCAAUCUGAGGCAGUCCAAUUGUCUACUUUAACCUUUCCUAUCUAGAUGGGCCAUUAAAAAAAAAUGCAAAUAUUUUGUACUGGGUGUAGUCCUUUCAUGUGAAGCCUAUGACACACAGUACUGGCAGAUAUAGUCUAGCCACUGUAUAUUGGCAGACACUGUAACCCUGGAUGUAUCAGUUCAGGAAGUUGCUCAUCAAUUCCGCUUGGCAAUAUACCGAGCUGCAAGGUAACUGUUUCACUUGUUUGAAAUUGUUUCCACAUUAAAAAAAUUACAGAAUCAUCAAAAAAGCGACAUAUUUGUUUUUCUGUAUUGCUUCAAUGAAUCUAAUAGCACCCUAGUGCUGACUGUCUGCUAUUCAUCUCUUUCAGCCACAGAAACAUGACUAUCAUAAAAAAUUAUCCUUCAGAACUUACAAAAAAUUCAAAUCAGCAUUUAAAUGAAUCUCCUCAAGCUUUUCUGAUUGCUAACAUCUUCAAUGAUUGUGUUGUUAACAUACAUUCAGUUAGUGAAUCGUGAUUCACUGGGACAUAUAGUAUUUGCAUCUACUUCCACGGUGAAUCCGAGACACUCAGAUUUACGUAUGGUUUCAAAAAUAGCUAAUUUGCAUUGUGUGCCUAAUUUUUGGCAGUCAGUAUAACUAAUCAUUAUAUGCACCAGGCAUUUUAUGCCAGAUGGAAUUAAUUCUGUUUUAAUUUUGAAUUAAAGAUUUAAAAUUUGAACAAAAUUAAUUGAAAGAGGAUCUGUUCUCUGUAUUCCUUGUAUACUUACUUUUUAUAUUCGUAAUCAGAAUUUAUUAUGCCAAAUAACAUCACUCAUUUUCAAUUUACCUUUUGUUUUUAAAUGUUUUAAUAUGCACUUUUGCACAUUUUCAUAACUACCAACUCUUUCAGUUUUUCAUCACAUCUCAUGGUAGAUCACAGAAUCUCCCAGUUUCUAAUGUUUAGCCUAUACUAAUGAAAAGGUUUCCCAGCAAUAAAUGAAGUUUAUUAAAUUCAUGAAACUUAAAUUGUGCAAAUUCCAUUUUCCCAUCCAUAGUAAUAUGCAACAUAAUUUGAUCAGAAGUUUCUUUAUCUACUGUAGAUAUUUUAGAACUUUUUAUGAAGAUUCAAACACUGUUUAGUCAGUUAAUAUUUGUAUUUAAUUUUGUUUUGCAUCAAUAUAUGAUACAUUACAGUCAAGCCUGUUCUGGCGUGUAUGUAACUUUUAUCAUACGAAAACAGAGAAAGGGAAAUUAUACAACUAAUUUAACUUCUGAAAGAUGCAGUUAUAAUAAAAACAUAACAAAUGAAAGUAUUGAUGGAUAAACUACUGGUAACUAUGCUAAUAUUAUUUAUUAAAAUAAAUCUAUGUUAAAAAUACAUAGUAAUAUUAACAUUACAAUGUCUAAUAAGGUAUAUUUAUUCUACUGGAUUUUGCCCACUCUUUUUGUCUUCCACAAUGACUCGUUGAACUACUCUGCUAGAACUGUGUCAUCUGCUAUGGCCUGCAGUCAUUACCAGGACCAACACUAGAGACAAUGCAACCUGUAUUGCGGGAUUUAGGGUU